CCCUAGUGGGCAUUUAUUUUUCCGGCAACCAAGCAUCCCCAUCUGCUUCUGUCUGGACACAGCCCUCAUUCUUUCAUUACAGCCUGCCCCGGACCCUCAUGUGCUAACCCCUCCUAAAUGGGGGAUGAGGAGGAAGAAAUAUGAUCCUCUGUUUUGUGGUGUGUUUAGGGCAGGAGCAACAGUGUGUGGUUUCCAUGGAAAAGGCCAGAGAACUAAUGGUACUGAGGGGCUGCAUGAAUGCUCUACCCCUAUGUCUCUGGUCCAAGUGAAUUUGAAGCCAGUUAGCGUAGCACUCCAAGCUCCGCCCUGGAACUCCUUGUUCAGACUCUUCUCAUGUGUAGCCAAAAGGAGCGUGAACAGGACUGAAGAGGUCCCCACAUUUCAAGAGAAGACGAAAGCCUUAUUUGGAAAUCUUAUGGACGAAGAAAUGAGUCGCCAGACUGCCACCGCGCUGCCCACAGGAACCUCUAAGUGCCCACCCUCCCAGCGCGUGCCCACCCUGUCAGGCACCACAGCCUCCAACAGUGACCUGGCCAGCCUGUUCGAGUGCCCUGUCUGCUUUGACUAUGUCCUACCACCUAUCCUGCAGUGCCAGUCUGGACACCUGGUAUGCUCCAACUGCCGGCCCAAGCUCACCUGCUGCCCCACCUGCCGAGGCCCCCUGGGCUCCAUCAGGAACCUGGCCAUGGAGAAGGUGGCUAACUCUGUACUCUUCCCCUGCAAGUACGCCUCAUCGGGCUGUGAAGUCACCCUGCCUCACACCGACAAGACGGAGCAUGAAGAGCUGUGCGAGUUUCGGCCGUACUCCUGCCCCUGCCCCGGCGCCUCCUGCAAGUGGCAGGGUUCCCUGGACGCUGUCAUGCCUCACCUGAUGCACCAGCACAAGUCCAUCACCACACUGCAGGGGGAGGACAUUGUGUUCCUGGCCACGGACAUCAACCUGCCUGGCGCGGUGGACUGGGUAAUGAUGCAGUCCUGCUUCGGCUUCCACUUCAUGCUGGUGUUGGAGAAGCAGGAGAAGUACGACGGCCACCAGCAGUUCUUCGCCAUCGUGCAGCUCAUCGGUACUCGCAAGCAGGCCGAGAACUUCGCCUACCGACUGGAGCUCAACGGGCACCGGCGCCGCCUGACCUGGGAGGCCACGCCACGCUCCAUCCACGAGGGCAUCGCGACGGCCAUCAUGAACAGCGACUGCCUGGUGUUCGACACGUCCAUCGCACAGCUGUUCGCCGAGAAUGGCAACCUGGGCAUCAACGUCACCAUCUCCAUGUGCUAAGAACUUUGAAGAAAGAGGGUCAAAAAGUUACAGAUUGUCAGGGGGCAUUUUUUAGGGGGUCAAAUCAGUUGUGACCUCACAGCGCCCCCCUCUCUGCCUCACCCCUAGAGACGUGGAACUGGACUGUCUGAUCGGGCAGCCGUGGAGGCCCAGGGGGUGGGUGGGAUGGAUGGAUGGAUGAAUGAAUGGAUGGAUGAAUGAAUGGAUGAAUGUAUGGUAUGAAUAAACACAAGGACAUAACUGUGUAGUGAUGGCUAUAGACUUCUAAACACACACAUAUAAAUAUAUAUGUGAGACUCGUGCACGCACAUGCAGUCUCAUCCUCUCUUGGUCAUAAACACGGACACAAACUGAGAAGCUGUUCAGUCAAACUUGCCUGUCAAACACUCGUUUCUUGGUCACGUCUCUCUCUUGGAGUGAUUUCCCGCCACUCUUAUUUUAGUGUCUCUCUUUCUUCUCCUCCCCUCAGUCAUCCUCAGACAUUUCAGACACUACAGCUCUCCGGCCUUUGCUCCGAGACGCUGGAGGCUGGUCACCGCUGAGCAGCUCUGUGCCGUGACAGCUACACAACGAGGAAGGCUCAAGCUAUAUUUCAACACGGACUCCUGGUCAGUGCUAGGUAGCUAGCCAGCUAUCUAUCUUUCCCCUCUGUUUGUAAUCCACCUCAGUACCUGUCAGACCUCCUGGAUCAAACGGUUCACACAUUACCGACACUUGUAGGGCUAGGACCGUGGCUGUGGCUGGUAUUGACUUGCUCAAACUGGAACCCAGAGUCCAUGAAAACUUCCUUAUCACAGAUUUGGAUAUUUAUUUUCACCUGUGACUGACAUGGAUGUGGAUAGCUGGGACUGGAACCGUCACCCAUAGGCAUGGAUGGCUGUAGCACCCAUAACAACCCAGUUUUGCCCAGGACUGGAACCUCUGAUCUGCAUUAGGGUUCCAUGGAUGUCCAUCUACAUCUGCGAUGUAAAACAUCCACACAGGCUCAUCUGGUUUCCUCCCAGUCCACACUGGUCCACCCCAAGGCUAAAGAUUGUGCAUCGGACGCUCUUUAAAUAGUUGACUGUCAUUGUUGAUAGUUAUUAGACUCUGCUCUCAUACUGUAUGGAUUUAAGAAGGCCCUCAGCUACAUCAGCUCUGGAUUUUUUUAAUUUUUAUUUUCAUGGAGUGGACACAACAGUGGCGUUCUGACACACACACACUUUCAGUCUUUGCAUUACAGGCUGUGUGUGCAGGUGUAAUAGUGGAUGAAUUGAGUGUGUGUCGGCGCAUCUUUGACCGAGGAACAGAGGAUGUCGUCGUUUUGUUUUUUUUGUUUUGUUUGUUUUUCAUGAGGAAAAAAAACACUGCAUUUCAGUUGAUUCAAAGUUUUCUUUUUGAGUUUAUUCUUAAGUCUUGUUUCGUU